AUGAGUUCCAAUUUGAAUCUGCCCCCUUUUCCCUGGAGCCAGGAUGCAGUGAGUUCCAAUCUGGAUCUGCCCCCUUUCCCCUGGAGCCAAGCACAGCCAGUUGCCACGGACAACUCCGUAGGCACUCAAUUCAAGCCUGCUGCAUGCGACUUCAAUGGCACACUGUUUCUCGCCUGGGCUACGCAGUACCAGAACGAACCCUCCAAAUGUGCAUCGUCAUUUAGCUUCACAUAUUGGCUUACAUCGGAAAAUGGCUGGGCUACACCAACUUCGGUUGCACUUAGUGAUUCCUCAAUGGCCCAAUCUCAUACAUCUGUUUUGGUUGUUUUCCAUUCCGAACUUUAUGCACUAGUCCCAUGUUCGUCCCCUACCUCUUCUGGAUUAUAUAUCUACAAGUACGACGGCACUACAUUUCAAGAAUCUGGGGCUCUCGACUCUACGUGGAACACCUCUGUUGCGGCCACAGUCUACCAUGGUGACCUGCACAUGGUUGGCUUUGACCGCAACAAUGGCGACCGUAUCAACUGGAUAAUCUCGAAACCAGACGCGACGACCAUCUCUGGACCAGAAAGUUUCUUACCCAGCACUGCGACCGAUAAUUCGACAACUGGCAAUAUGGGUCUUAUCGUGCGAAAAGGGAACACAGGCCUCGACGAACUGGUCCUCAUAUUUCUUGCCGAUAAUGACAGCCGCACAGUUCUUGAGAAUACCCUAGUCAAUGGUGUAUGGACACGUACCGAUAAGCUGGACGAACGGGGAAAUAGUGGCGUAAGUGCUACAUCUACUCCCGAUGGCCAAAGCUCGUGGAUCUGCUUCAAGAAAUGGCACGGUUACAGCAAUCUCAUAUGCGAAUAUGACGCACCUCAUGGCUGCUGGACUAGCAACUACUCUAUGGGUACAGCCGAUAACCUCGAAUGCUGGAAUGAAGCGGCCUUGAUUUACUCUAAUCGUUGGCUUUAUAUCAUCUGGAAUAUGAAUAACACACCCCAAACUAUAUACUAUUCACGUCGUCCUUUGAGCCAACGCUCUAUGGGUUCCUGGAUGGGCCAAAUCACAGAUCAGAGCGUUUCACUAGCCGACCUAUCGAUUCCCGGGACUCAUGACUCAUCCACAUACCACUUCAGCGGCUAUGGGAUAUUGAAUAGCUCGACCGUCGGCCCCUAUGUGGUAUGCCAGGAUAUGGAGUAUAUACAGCAACUUGAUGCGGGAAUACGUUAUUUCGAUUUGCGUGGUGGCUACAGCAAUGGCCUCGACCAGACGUUAGAUGAAUUAGGUCUUACGGUUACCAAGGCUCCUCUUGGACCAUUGUCAGCAUGUCAUAGUGAUUUCAAUGUCGGCCUUACUUUCGCUGACAUAUUCGAAUACUUCUACACAUGGCUCAGCAAACACCCAUCCGAAGUUAUCAUCGUUCAAGUAAAGUAUGAUCAGGGUGAGAACCUGAACCAGAAGGUUUCAAACGACCUGUACAACAUGACAUUUCAAAACCCUUUGUGGUCACUCGGGGAUACCAUCCCUCGGCUACAGGAUAUCAAGGGUAGAAUCCAACUGAUUCGUCGACUCCCCCUACCUAACAUCCGUGGUAGCCAAGGGAAACCCUUCGGCAUUGAUGCUACUGGUUGGCCAGAGAACAAACAAGCAACAAUCGAGGGCAAAAUUGUUGGCUCGCCUUCGGCAUCUGUGAAGCUUCUGAUCGAAGAUCAGUAUCAGAUAGAUGGCGAUGGCUCAGUAGCUGUCCCCGAAAAGUUGCAGGCAGUAAAGGAUUUCAUCAGUCAAGUGCCAGCGAACUCAUCUGCAGGCACUUGGUGUAUUGGAUAUAGUAGCUUUGUAACUAAUGGUAUCUCUAACACACCCAGAGCUUACGCCACUGACCCGAUUAAUGGCGCCCCACCAUUUAACGCUCAACUCGAAGGAUAUAUUCGCUCGAUAGGGGGCACAGGUAGCCCCGCAAAGGUCGGGACAAUUGUGAUGGAUUUUCCUGAGAUGCCCUCAGGAAAUCUCAUUCAGGCUAUUGUAGAGACAAAUGAUCUCAUAAAGUAG